GCUAUAUAUGUAAUUUAACCACUUUCGCUCUUAUCCACUCCAAAAUGCACAAGUCUCUAAAUGCAAAAGAAUACAAAACUCAACCCUUUUAUUUUCUCAAAAAGCACAUAAACUAAAGUAAAUACUAACCUUUAUAAAAAGCACAUUGAAAUGAAAAUUUAUUGUUACAAAAACCAAACCCAACCAAAACAAAACAAAUCACAUAGCAAAAACACCAAAAUUGUCAUGGCAACAAAAACUAAGAGCCACAACAACGCUAGAAGACCAAACUACAACCAUUUCCUUCCUUCCAUAGACACUGACUCUGUCAACGAGUCAUCACACUUCGAGUUCGACGAGUCAGAACUCUACAACUCAGCUCGCUCCAAUUCUAACUCCAACUCACCUGAAUUUCGUAAAUCCGUUAUUGCUUCUCGUUUUCACGCCACUUCGUCUUCCACCGCUGGACGCGUCGGAGAUCCGAUGUCGCUGCCGGUUAACGUUCCGGAUUGGUCGAAGAUCCUUGGAGAAGAGAACAGACAGAACCGGAGGAAGAACUACGACGACAGCGAUGACGACGGUGACGAUGAGAGGGUUCCGCCGCAUGAGUUUCUUGCUAGAACGAGAAUCGCUUCGUUUUCGGUUCAUGAAGGAGUUGGUAGAACUCUCAAAGGUCGCGAUCUUAGUAGGGUUCGAAACGCGAUUUGGGCUAAAACCGGUUUUCAAGAUUGAGUUUAAAGUCUAAACCCGGUCGGAUCGAAAAUUGGAACAUUAUAUUGGACUCCAAUGAAAUCAUCGAAACUUGUUUUUAUUUUUUGUGGAGUUGGUUUAUUUUUGUUUUUAUUAUUACUUUCAUCUAUGUGUAUGGGAUGGAAAAUAUCUGAGGAUUUUGUUAUUAAUAUCAUUAUGAUUAUGAUUCUUCA